CGUAAUGGCUCCUUUUCCGCCGCUCGUGCUCGUCGCCGCCCGUCCUUCCGCUAACUCUGGCCCCACCAUGCAGGAGAGGAGCACGGCUGCAGAAGAUGAGGAAGACUUUACUGCUGUGCUUUAUCCACGGCUUCAAGGGCGGGGAUGAAACAUUCAGGACGUUUCCGAGCCAUGUGAAGGCGCUGCUGCAGCACGCACUGCCCAAAGUCACGGUACUAGCCAUUACGUACCCACAGUUUGAAACAAGAGGCGACUUGCACGAGUGCGUCGGCAGGUUCAAGGAGUGGCUCCAGAACAAGGUCAUCGAUCUCGAGGUGGCCAAUUCGACGCCCUCGCCCACGGUCGAUCCCUCGGUCCGCACCAUCCUCGUGGGCCAUUCCAUGGGCGGCAUCGUUGCCGCAGAAACGCUGCUCUCCAUUCUGUCGGAACAACCCAUCCACUCGCAGUCCAACUCGCAGACGGGCUCCGGCUUGCUGGAAGAGUACUCGACCCUCAUGUUCCCAUACAUACAAGGCAUCCUCGCCUUUGACACGCCGUACCUGGGCAUUGCCCCCGGUGUCGUAGCGCAUGGCGCCGAGAAGCAUUGGAAUACGGCGAGUUCUGCCUACUCUGCCUACACCAACCUGGCGGGCGCCUUUGGAUGGGGCAGUAAGGUGACUGCCUCUGCCGCAGUCGAUACGAGCAAAAUGCUGCCUGCGCCUGUGACAUCUGCAAGCGCAGAUGCGGCCUCGGCGCCCCUGUGGCAGCGCUACGGGAAAAUGGCCAUGUUUGCAGGAGCUGCAGGAGCCAUUGCAGCAGGCGGAGCCGCAGCAUACAUGAAGAAAGACCAGAUCAGUCAAGGUGUCUCGUGGGCAACAUCGCACUUAGAAUUUGUCGGUGUCCUAGCCCGCCCAGAGGAACUGCGGAAACGACUAGAGAAGAUUGCAAAGCUCACGACAACGCAUGAGGUUGGCUUCUGCAACAUGUAUACCACGCUGGGCCACGCUAUAAACAGCGAAAACAAAGAACACGGCUGGACUGGCAAAGUCGCCGGCAAAGACCGCACCUUUUGCAACCUUCCCAAAGGCCAACUGAAGAAUUUCUUCAUCCCCGCUGUGAAUGACAAGGCGACAGCCGAGACAUGGGCUCACACGUCCAUGUUCGAGCCUCGCAACAACCCAGGCUACUACACUCUCAGUGAGACAGCAAAAGAGAAGAUCAUCGAGUGGACCGAGUCGACAGACUGGUACAAAGAGAGCGAUGGUCCAUUGAUUGGAGAUGUUGGCGAGGAAGCCGAGAUUGUAGAACGCCAGGAGGUAGAUGAGCAAAUGCAGAAGGAGGCCAAUAAGAGAGAGCAGGAAGAACUUGAAAAGGCGAAGCGGAAGGGCGAUGUAGAUGCUCUGGAGGAGGAAGGCGAGUUUGUGGAUUUGAACAGAGGUAUCGAGGCAGCCGAGUGGGAGGAUGAAGCGAGAAAGAAGAGCGAGUUAUAG